AUGCUUCUCGCGGGGCUGGCGGUGAAUCGAGGCUUCACCAUCAUGUUCUCCGACUUCAGCCUCAAGGCCCUCAUCGCCGAGUGGUCGGAGGAGCACCUGGGCCCGAACCCGUUUUCGAGGCUGCGCCAGGGCUGCACCGGCCAGAUGGUGCUGGAGUUCCUGCCGGCGGAGCUGCAGGUGAAGGAGGUGCCCCAGCAGCUGCAGGUGGUCGGCGAGCUCUGCGCGGAGCAGGGCAAAGCGGCAGUGAAGGUGCUGACCGUUGUCAGCGAGGUCUCUGGCGGCCUCGCCAUGCCCGACGCCAUGAAGUGCAGCGUGGGCGACGGCCCUGACGAGAAGCGCGGCGCCGCCGGGCACGUGACGCUGACCUACGCCUCAGGGGGCCAGCUCGUGGCCAGCGCGGGUCACUGGAUCGAGCUCUCCCGCCUGGACACCACCGAGGAGCAGGUCGCCCAGGUGGCGGCCCGAAACUUCGGCGCGGAGAUGCGCACCCAGUACGAGUCGGAGCUGGCCCAGUUCUCCAGCGCCCAGGAGCGGUACGACUGCUCGCAGAGGCACCCCUGGGGGCGCGAGCUAUCCGCCUGCCUCGAUCCCAGCUGGGCCACAUCGGGGGGGCGGCGUGUGUGCUUCCCCCCGCACGCUGGCCAAUCCUCUUCUCGGUGCCCCCCUUUGGCUCUCAUCGCUGGUUCAGCCGACUCUGCCUCGCCGCCGACGGCGAGAGUGUGCUCCCCCACGUUCCUGGCUGGGACAGGCGAGCACACCUCCGCCGCGCCUGGGCCCGGGCUGGACCGUCGGCGCCGCGACAUCCUUUCGACGAGACCUGGGCCCCCGGACCCCUCGAGCACUUCUCGGCAGCAGCUCUUGCAGCCCCCGCGGCCUCGGAGCGGCCCAGGCCCGACGCCGGCUGCCCACUCCUCAGGAAUGCGGCCCUCGCGGCCAUCUCGACCUGUUCGAGCCGCUGGCUGCUCGUGGAUUUAG